AUGGUAUUAUGGGUUGAUAAACAUCGUCCACUCACUCUGGACAAGAUGCAAAUUCAUUCAGAUGUAUCUAAACAAUUGAAGAAUAUUGUAGCAAGCGGUGAUUUUCCACACUUGUUGAUAUAUGGACCAUCGGGAGCUGGAAAGAAAACCCGUAUUCAAGCGUUACUUCGUGAAAUUUAUGGAAGCAAAAUUGAUAAAGUGAAAUUAGAGAAUAAGGAUGUAGCUGUUGGGUCUGAUGAGUCAAAGACUGUUACAGUGACUGCUCUUUCCAGUGGUUAUCAUGUAGAAUUUACACCAAGCGAUAGCGGAUAUUAUGAUCGAUAUGUGGUUGCAAAUAUGAUUAAAGAAAUAGCAGAGACCGAAUCAAUGGAUUUUCAAGCAUCUUCCUCAAAUUUGAAAGUAAUUGUGUUACAUGAAGUUGACAACAUGACAAGAGAAGCUCAGCAAGCAUUGAGAAGAAUUAUGGAGAAAUACGCCAAAUCAUGUAGAAUGAUUCUUUGUGCCAAUUCAACAUCGAAAAUAAUUCCUCCAAUAAGAAGUAGAUGCAUGGGAAUUCGUGUUGCAGCUCCAGACGGUGAGGAAAUUAAAGAAGUGUUGCGAUUUGUUGCCAAGAAGGAAAGCAUCAAGCUUAUUGAAACCAUUGAAAAUCAAAUUGUUGAAAAAUGUGACGGUAAUUUGAGACGAGCAAUUUUAAUGCUCGAAAGUGCCAAAGUUGAGAAAUAUCCAUUCACUAAAGAUCAAGAAGUCAAGCUGCCAGGAUGGGAACGAUUUGUGGAAGAUAUUGCCAAAUCCAUCAUUGAAGAACAAUCUCCACAAAAACUAUUGAAAAUAAGGGAUGACUUUUUCCUGUUACUGACCAACUGUAUCGCACCUGAGACAAUCUUAAAGACGCUAUUGAGCAAGCUUUUAGGUUUUAUGGAUGGAGACCAAGCCCACAAAGUUAUUUCACUGGCUGCUUUGUAUGAGCACCGAAUGAAAUGUGGAAGCAAGCCAAUAUUCCAUUUGGAAGCCUUCGUUGCAAAGGUCAUGACUCUAUGUCAAAACAUGUUCACCUUCUAA